AUGGGCGUGCUGCAACUCCCGGUCGAGCUGCUCUACGAGAUCAUCGAAUGGAUUACUGCCUGGAGCAAUGGAACUAGCAAUUCCCUGAAAACCCUAUAUCACUUUGGUCUAGCUAAUCCUCUCAUCUGGAGUGUGAUUGAACGUCCUCUAUACACGUUCAAUGCCAAGUACUGCGGGAGUUCAGCGCUCAUCUGGGCUGCCAGAAAUGGCCAAGAAGCAACUGCGCGAAAAGCCCUAGCCGCAAACGCGAGCCCCAACGCAGAGGAUUGUCUCUACCAGAGCGCACUGCUGCAUGCUGCAAGACAGGGUCAUCUGGGUGUCGUCGACCUGUUGCUGGACCACGAUGCUGAUCUCAGUCUGAGCAACGAGUCCGCGCAGGGUCCGCUCUAUUUUGCGGUAUCGAUGGGACAUAAAGCUAUUGUCGAGUUGAUGCUUGAAAAGAGACCGCUUUUUGACCUGGACCGAGUUGAUUACACGGGUUGUACAUAUCUGUUUCAUGCUGCUCUCCGAGGCCAGACCGAAAUGGUUGAGCUUUUAUUGUCCAAGGGCGCAGACCCAAAGAUCGGAGACUUCAAAGGCUCUUACAUUGAAGGUGCUGCCGCGCAGAAUGGCCAUGCAGACACGCUGAAGUGCAUACUCGAAUAUGACACGUCGGCAUUGGAACGCUUAAACGUGGCAGACCACACGCCACUUGCUCUAGCUGUCAAGAACGGCCAUCUCGACGCUGUCGAGCUGCUUCUCGCUUACGGUGCGAAUAUAAACGCUCGAAAUUCGACUGGAAGAACGCCACUUAUCUUGGCAACCCAGACAAGAAAUGUUGAUAUGGCAAAACGACUAGUUGAAGCUGGGGCCGAUGUAAACGUAGCCGACAAUUCCAACAACGCGCCUCUCUUCCAUGCCGUUAACUUGGGACUCGAAGAACUGGCAACUCUUUAUAUCGGCCUUGGAUGUGAGAUUCCACCAGAGAAGCAGUCCUGGCUCAUUGUUCAAGUUUCCAGGUCGGGCUAUAUGAAUAGUCUUCGACUGCUUUUGGACAUGGGUGGGUCGACCUUAUUAGAGGAGGCCCUAUUCGCCGCGGUGAAAUACAAACAAGGUGAUUUAAUCGAUCGUCUAUUCGAAGGCGGUUGUCCGGUUGAGCCGCCACCGCCUGUGAGAACACGUCCGCAAGCGAGGCGUCUGGAGUAUUUCAAUUCAACGACUCCUCUAUGGCUUGCCGUGCAGCAGGAAAAUGAGGCACUAGUCCAAAGACUGCUAGACAGGGGCGCAAAUCCAAACGUGUUUGUUCGAUGGAAUGGAUACUACACCAAAGGCAGAGGUAUUGGCGUAUUGUUGAACCUUGCUAUUAUCAAAGGAAACGACACGAUUACAAAAGCCUUGAUCGCCCAUGGCGCCGAUGUCGAAGAGAGUGAUUAUGAUAUGAUCAGCCCAAUACACCGAGUCAUACAAAAGAGACGACUUGAUUUGCUAAAGUGCAUACUUCAAACCUUGCCAAUGCGGUCAGGGGAUAUGCAUAAUAACGGAAAGUUGGCGAGGGGGGCUGCCUCAAUCCGAGAGAUGAAAUGGUUGUUUGGCAAGGGCCGAAUAGAAACAGGCGCAAGAUAA